GCGUACAUGACACGAGAUAGAUUUUGAUUAGUAUGUCAAGGGUUGGAAAUCAAAUUCGACAAAAGGUUCACCAGAUGACACAACCGCCGCACUUCCACAUUUCUAUCACUAACUAACGCUGCAAAAUUAAAUUCAAAAAUAUAAAAACGAUGAAGCUGUCCAUACGCAUGCUGGACCAACACACAAUCACCUUGGAGAUGAACGAAUCGCAGGAUGUGAAGACUCUGAAGCAGAUAUUGGGCAAUUUGCCCGAAGUCUCUUUGCCCGCGGAGAACGUUCAGCUGAUAUACAGUGGUCGCAUUAUGGAGGAUGCCAUGCCCCUCAGUGAAUAUAACAUAGCCGAGGGCAGGAUCAUUGUGUUGAUGGGUAAGAAAAAGGCUGAUGUCAGCCUGCCAGAGGAGCAGGUUUCCCCGACAAUACCGUUGGCCGCUGAGCCAAUGCGCACACAGGAUGUGACGCCUUCAAUGGCUCCUAAUGAGCAGUGGGUGUGCGAUCUCAUGUCCAUGGGAUAUGGCGAACAGGAGGUACGCUCAGCCCUACGUGCCAGCUUCAAUCAUCCAGAAAGGGCUAUAGAGUAUCUGAUCAAUGGGAUUCCUCAGGAGGCUUCUCCGGAGCACGAACUAGCUGAAAUCCCGAGCGGACAGUCAACUGAGCAGCUGCAGCACUUAAUGGGCGAUCCUCGCCUUACACAGGUGCGUGAAAUGAUUCGUGAGAAUCCAGAACUAAUGCAACUAAUCCUGGAAAGACUGGCUGAUACCGAUCCGGCUGCCUUUGAAGACGUUCAUCGCGACCAGGAGGGGCUCAUGACCAUGCUUGCAGGUGUUGCUGGUAGUGUCGGUGAUGCCAAUCACAAUCACAAUCCGGAUGAGGGAGAACUCUUACAAGUUGCCUUGACCGCCGAAGAAGCCGCCGCCGUAGAGCGACUGGAGGCACUGGGUUUUGAACGUGUUAUGGCUGUCCAGGCCUACUUGGCCUGCGACAAGGACGAGCAGCUGGCCGCCGAGGUACUAAUCCGUCAGUCGGAGGAGGAUCGGAAUGAAUAA